UUCAUCCCCCAUUCAUCCCGAUUCAUCCCCCAUUCAUCCCAAUUCAUCCCCGAUUCAUCCCCCAUUCAUCCCGCGCCAGAGCUAGAAACUCCACAUUGCCGGAGGAGAUACCGUCCCCCAUGGCCAGCUGCGAGUCCACACUGCAGCUGGCGAGUACCUGGCCGUGUGGUCGAGAGGUGAUGGCCACACCCCAGAUACAGUACCAGUAGCAGACUACCUCCCCUGCCUGCGUCCUUGUGCUGCUGCACCAUCCGGCGUGAGACCUCAGCUGCCGCAGACCCGUACACAGCGGGAGUGCCCGGCACUCAGCCGUCGCGGAGCGGACAGGAGAAGCGAUCGGCUGCGAGCUAAGCCGUGAGGAGGAUUUGAAAGUGCCUCAUCUCGUGUCGGCUGCGAUGAUGGAGCAACCGGAGCAACAGGACCAGCAACAGCAACAUCCCUUCUCGUACAUCUUGGUUGGUCGUCGCACGUUCUACCUCCUCAGCCUCACAACAUACUCCAGCUGAGGGCCACCUGCACGUGGCUCGAAGGUCUUUUCGGAGCGGCCCAGCUAAAAGAUCGGCUCCGUCACUCUGUCGGCUCGCAGGCGGGGCUGCGGCGGGUGGUCAACGGGCAGCAAGUGCAGCUGGUGCGGUUCGACGAUGACCAGUUCGGCGUGUGUGAUCUGCUGGCGUGGCGGCUGUGUGUGUGAUGGAGGAGGGGAGCUGGGUGGAGAUCGGCGUGGUGAUUGAAUGGGCCAGCCAGUGCGGCAACUGUGAGCUGCCUGUCAAGCUCACGUCAGAUGACAUCAACACACACGCCAGCAAGACGGUAAGGCACACACACAGAUGGGGGCGGGGAGAGAACAGAGAGGCCUCAUUCCCUCUCUCUCUGUGUCUGUGUGGUGUAGGCGUAUGGAUCGGUAGCUUGUGUGUUGGCGCAGCUCAUGGUGGUCGGCCGCCUCCUGGACUUCGGUGACGGCAGCUGCCUGCAGGUCUUCCGCCGUGCGAAUGGUGAGGUGCGGGCCAUCAGGGACGAGCCCGGCUUCCGGCUGCAGGUCAACCCGCCCCUCGCUGCCGACCAUCUGUAUCAGCAGCACCGACUACAGCAUGACCCACCAGUGCGGAGCUGCAUCAACUAUCGGGGCAACACCGGCAGAUGGGUGUCGGGCGGACUGUCCGAGUAUGCGUCGUUGUCGUCGUUCGCCAAGCGCAUGAUCCACAACCACUUCUACGAGACUCACCAGAUCAAUGACACAGGGGUAGACCUCAACAGAUGACGACACGUCAACGGCCCAAGUGGCGAGAGGGGUGCGUGUUUGACUGGGUGUCUGUGUGUGGUUGGUUCAGGCGUGUUGGCGGCGGCCGUCUGGAUGGCCUCCUCACCCAGUCGCCCCACACACCGGUGGCCGGAUGCACCACCACAUUGAGCCGGGUUGGUGAUCUGCGGUACCUGGUGCUGGUGCUGACCGACAGCAGCCACGAGUUCGUCGCGUGGAUUGCCAUUCAGGAUUGGGGGGACGGCAUCGGUCAGGCCGACAGACAGGCAGCUCCGCUGGUCAAAUGUUCUCAGUGUUUUCUUCCUGCUUGUCUGUCUGCAGUGGAUGUGUGUGUCGAGACGACCGAGUCGCCUGUGGCUGGUGCAGCUGCGCCCUUCAAGGACCGCUUCCCGGUCACCACUCGGCUGGCUCGCGUGGCGUUGGGGUCAGGUGUGGUGCCAUACGUCUUCGACGGACAAGUACAACAACAGCAGCAGCAGCAGCAGCAAGAUGACGACAGCGACGAUGGUACGGACAUACACGCACAUUGGUGGACGGAUGGACGAUGGGCUUCUUUAUGUGUGUGGUGCAGACGGAGAUGGUGGCGAUGAGAGUGACGAGAUGGAUUAUGACAGCGAUGGGGGCAGCGGAGGUAUCACGAGCAAAAGGCACACAGCACCAAUGCGUCGCAUGCAUUUCUGUGGGCGUGGGUGUCUGGAUGACAGGCGACAACGCACCAGCCGAGGAGGAGAAUGUCGACUGAUCCACCUACCGAUCCGUCAAUAGCGGGGCACCACAGGUAUGCACAUACGCCAGGCAGUGCGGCAGAUCUUCCUCCUGUGAUGUCAUGGGCUCUUGCCGUGUGUGUGUAUCCUCUGUGUGUGGUUUUGGCAGGAUGUUUGGAGUGCUGUCCGCAGCUGCUGGCUUCUCAUCCCUUUGUCAUGUGUGCGACGCCUCCCAUGACACAGCAGACUGCGUGGCUAGAGGGCCUUUCUCUACAGAACAAUUUGGAGGGGUAGAUAGGCUGCGUGCCUUAACAUGACGGUUAUGUGUUGUUGGACCGUGUUGGAUCGAUCGAUGCUGCCGAACUGUUUCGUAUGAUUUGGUAUAAGAUGAGAUUCAUCGAAUCGACAGGACAGCGUAUUUACACACCACAUGACAGUCAUGAGGUCUGGUCGCCUUGCUGUCAAUAAAU